AUGUUGCAGCCGGGCUUGAGAACAGCGUUCAGGUCGCUGUUGAGCCUCAUCAGGGACUUCCUCGCCGGAGGGCCGUUUGCCUUCAUCGUGAAACGCAUCAGGGGAUAUCUAGCCAUGGAAAAGCCAUCAGAAACUGUGCCGCUAGGGCUGACCGAGAUCAUAAAUCGAGAACCGCCCAUCAAGGAACUUGUGUCCAGCUUCUUGACCACGAAAGGUGCAUACCAUCGAAACCACAGCGUUAUUCCACAGAUAGACGGGACACGGCAUUUCAUUACUGUCGAUGGCGAAGUCGACAAACCAUUUCUACUCUCAUUAUCGCAACUACGGAAUGAAUUCCCGCAACAUGAAGUCGUUUGUGCGAUGCAAUGCGCAGGGAACCGACGUCACACCAUGCGAACAAGGCUAAAAGAAGUACACGGCGUCGACUGGACUGAUGGCGCUAUCAUGAACUGCAAAUGGAAGGGCCCACGACUUAGAGAUGUUUUGAUGAGAGCACAACUCAAGGACAAGGACCCGGAAAACAGCCUAUUACAUGUCGCUUUUGCCUGCUUUCAAGCGCCUUGCCAGGAUGACGACUAUUACGGUGUGAGCAUUGAGCUGUGGAGAGCCAUGAAGAUGAGCGAGGAAGUUAUUCUAGCCGUUGAGAUGAACGGUGAGACACUGCUACCAGAGUAUGGCUUCCCGGUCCGAGUUGUUGUACCAGGAGUUGCUGGUGCACGAUGGGUGAAAUGGCUCGACCGAAUCACAGUUCAGACAGAUGAAUCUCCCAGCUUCUACCAGCAACAUGAUUACAGAGUUCUCCCUCCAGAAGCUACUACCUGGGAAGUUGCAGAAAAAUACUGGAGCACCGUACCGUCAAUCCAAGAAAUGCCUGUGAACUCAGUUGUCGCCUGUCCUGACGAUGGGGAUACUGUCAAAUUAUCCUCUGACGGUUGUAUAGAGGUCAAAGGAUAUGCUGUCCCCGCCGGCAGCCAGGGGCCUAUUGUUCAAGUCGAAGUCUCGACGGAUGGCGGAAAGAGCUGGGUUGAUGCCGAACUACAAGACGACAAGCCCCAAUCCAAAUGGUCCUGGACUCUAUGGAAAGUCAGAGCCAAAGCUGAAAAGGGGCAGGAUAAGACAAUAUACUGCCGUGCCACUGAUGCGGGCGGAAACUCGCAACCGGAAUUUUCGCAAUGGAAUAUUCGCGGCGUAAUGUACAACGGCUACGGCGCAUCCUGGAAUGUUAACGUUGUUUAA